GGCCUAAUAAUCCAACUGCCCCCGUAACUGUGCUAACUUCCAACUGCACUUCACCCGCUGCUUCCUCUCUCGUGGGCUCAUCGCCAUCACGGCGACCGCUCAUCCACCCACACCCAACAUCUCAGUAGGUCCCUUCCGGAUAUAUCGCAGUCCGCAGACGAGGCAGCGCCCUUUGCUCGUCUUCCCGUUUCGCACCGCUAGCGUCGUCGUCAUCUGAGAGUGUCUUAGGUCUUUGGGCGGUUCAUGUGGUGCAGCGAGUGCUGACGCGCGGUGCCGAGAAUGGCCCCUCCCGCAGCCUCGUCUGAGGGUAUUACUACCCAAUCAGACCUUGGCGACACUGACGACAGUCCAUCAUCCUUCUUAGACCCUUCGACUGACAUGGGCCGACUGGAGCCAAGACAGGAGAUGGUGUUUCUCUCCAACCGCGCGACACUAGAGCCCCGUUCGGCGGCAUUAUCUGGAGGGGGGAUCGCUGGCGUCGUUGUUGGAGUCAUUGUUGCCGUCUUUCUCGCCGUAGUUUGCGCCUAUCCCUUCAUCAUCCGGCGUAGACGAGCCAGGAAACAUGGAUUGUCCCAACGUCUCGACACGGAGACGGCCUUCGUCUCCGGACCGAUUGGUCCUCCGGGACAGGCGCCGGCGCCCGGACCCGAGGCCCAUAGUCGUCUGUCAUCGAAAGAUUCGUUAGGCCAUAAGACCGACACCUUGCGAGGCACGGAAAGAGAAUCUACCAGGGACACGACUUUAUCGUCUCAUAACGGCGUCGAUCGCCCUCCGAGCGAUGAGUUGGCCAACCAUCACCAGCGCGGCUUCACCGGCGACAGCACCCAACCGAGUGUGAUGACAAGACGCGGCACCACCGAGUAUUCCUUCGGACGCGCCCCUACUUGGAAGAGCGAGGCAUCCUAUCCAUGGACGCCUGCUAAUCUUGAGCUGGUUGCCACUCGGGCUGACGGAAUGGACUAUGCUGAUGCCAAUCAUGGCCACAGCGCAACCUACUACAGCCCGACUAUUCCUUCCGAGGCCUUUGGCAUGGUCACACCUCCUCCCACCGAUGAACCUUUGACCAGAGCGCUGCCUCCAGCGCGGUCCGGUUCGCAGGGAAGCUCACUGAAGCUGAACCUGACAAAUCUGAUGCGCCGCAUGAGCACCAAGGAUUCCCCUUCUACCCGCUCGAAGGGUCAGUCAAUACAGCCCUCGCAGCCCUCGCAGCCCGUUGUGAGCGAAACACUGUCAGAGUCUCCUAUCGAAGUCACUGGCGCGUCAUUCCGUGGGCCAGUUUCCGCGGCCGUGUCAGCUCGUCAACUGGCCUCGCCUAUCCACCUGCCUGUUAGUCCUAUGUCGGAGCCGGGUGAAGUUGAUCACGCUCAAGAGCUUGAGGCGAAAAGAAGCGCCAAACACACUGAGUCGCCUCCCAUAUUGCCCCCCAUUGUAGCCGCACCGGGAACCGUGAACCCUAUGGAUAUAAUGGCACCGUCAAACCCGACAGAGCAUCACUGGCACACCAAUCAGCAACUAUAUCAAAUGGCCAAUUCGCCACCCAGACCAACCGCUAUUAUUACCAAGCCGGCCUCAGAACCACCGCAGCCGUCGCAAGCUCCUACGCCCCAAUCUCCUACAGAGCAAUUCUCCGAGCAGCAGCAGCAGCAGCAGCAGCAGCCAUUCCCGUCAGAGAAGCAACAGGAGUCGAUUGAAUUACCAGGAUUAUACGAGAACCCACAUGCCCAAAAGAACGGGUGGAACAGCGCGAAUACUAUUGCCAAUGAUCAUCGGAUGGACGACGCUGCUCGCCCCGUUGACACUACCCACCUCAUGCCUGGUCACAACCAACACAACCAACACUAUCUCGACGGGGAGAUGACGGAUCCGUCCGAACACUCGCCGCCGAUGCUGGGUCACGCCAGUUCUGGACCAUCAAAUCAGAGCACUCCAAACACACAAAUCGACAGCAGCCCGUCUCCAAGAUCAGAAGGCAGCUCAGACAUUCGUAACAGCACAUCGCCUUACCCGGGACUGCAACCUUCCCCUCGAACGUUCAUCUGUGACGAAUGCGGCAGAUUCUUUGACCAAGUUCAUAAACUCAAUCACCAUAAGAGAUACCAUGAGAGACCUCAUGAGUGCAGUCAUCCAAACUGCGGCAAGAGGUUUGGUACAAAAACGCACCUGGAUCGCCAUAUAAACGACAAACACAGGAAGACGAAGAAGUUCCACUGCACUGUCAGCACCUGCCCCUAUUCCAAAGCCGGGGGCAAGUCCUUCCCGCGAAAGGACAACUGGCGACGUCACAUGAUGAACAUACAUCAGGUUACGCCAGUGUGUGACCCAGAACCCGACAUUGUAGAUGAAGCGAUGGGAGGAACGUGAGAUGUGGACAGCUUGGCUGUACGCAAUAACCGCGUAACCAGCU